AUGGCUUCCGGUUCAUUGAAGGCGGCCCUUCUUAUCGUCUCAACGACAGCAGCCAAAGACGCCUCGGCCGAUGCUUCGGGUCCUAUCCUCACCCAAGUACUGAAAGAUGAAGGUGAUGGAAAAUGGGAGGUCCACGAUACCAAGAUUGUCACGGAUGAUGUACUAGCGAUUCAGCGCCAGAUAACCGCUUGGACUGAUGGCCCAGAUAGUGUCAACCUUGUUGUCACUACGGGUGGGACAGGCUUUGCAACUGGGGAUUAUACUCCAGAGGCAGUUGCCCCUCUGCUACACAAGCUAGCACCAGGUCUUGUACAUGGCAUGUUAGCGGCAUCACUCGCAAUUACACCUUUUGCCAUGAUGUCGCGGCCAGCAGCCGGUGUUCGUAAUUCCACCAUUAUUGUCACCUUACCUGGUUCACCUAAGGGCGCCAAGGAGAAUCUUCAGGCCAUUGUCAAGACACUGCCUCAUGCCUGUAUUCAAGCAGCCGGUGGCAACUCAAGAGCUAUCCAUUCAGGAGGAGUUAAGAAGCUAGAAGCUGAAGCCGGGGUUGCGAGUGGGAAUGCUCAGCCUUCAACUGCUGGUCAAGGACAUAGCCAUCAUCACCACGGCUGUGGCCAUAAUCAUGGACACGGGCAUGGACAGGGUCAUGGCCAUGGGAGCCUCGUAAGACAUACGCAACCAGGUACCACCUUAUCUAAUGACCCUGCGCUUGGCCCGUCUCGUCGCUACAGAGAAUCACCGUAUCCCAUGCUCCCAGUUGAAGAAGCGCUGGCAUUGAUCGGAGAGCACACCCCUGGGCCAGAGGUUAUCACAGCACCAGUCGACCAUUCAAUCAUCAACUCAGUCCUGGCAGAGGACGUAAAGGCUAGUGAGAACGUACCAGCCUUCCGCGCGAGCAUUGUAGACGGAUACGCUGUUGUGGCCCCCAAAGAUGGCCAGCUCAAGGGCGUCUUCCCCGUUACCGCCAUAUCUCACGCCGCCCCUGGUGAAAUCGGAGCUUUGAAGGAAGGGGAAUUGGCUAGAAUCACCACUGGUGCACCUUUGCCUCCCGGUGCCACGACCGUUGUUAUGGUAGAAGAUACUGUUCUCAAGACAAUGUCAGAGGAUGGCAAGGAAGAGAAGGAAGUCGAAAUCCAAGUCGAAGGAGUCAAGGAGGGCGAGAACAUCCGCGAAGUCGGCAGUGACGUCAAGGAAGGCACUGUUAUCCUCAAUAAGGGCGAGACAAUCAGCGGCGUCGGUGGAGAAAUCGGCCUCCUCGCUUCUGUGGGAGUAUCAGAGGCAAAGGUUUACCGUCGCCCUGUAGUAGCUGUCCUGUCUACUGGCGACGAGAUCGUCGAGUACAACCGUCCAGGUGAUCUGAAGUUGGGCGAAGUCCGCGAUACCAACCGAAUCACUCUCAUGUCUGCUGCCAGAGAAUGGGGUUAUGAGGUUAUAGACCUUGGUAUCGCCAGCGAUAAGCCUGGAACGCUGGAGGAAAAUUUGCGCGAUGGGCUUCGACGCGCAGAUUUACUCAUCACCACUGGCGGUGUCUCCAUGGGUGAGCUUGAUCUCCUCAAGCCAACUAUUGAGCGUUCUCUGGGUGGCACUAUCCAUUUUGGACGUGUUGCUAUGAAGCCUGGAAAGCCGACGACUUUUGCUACAGUUCCCGUCAAAGACAACUCUGGACAGCGCAUCACGAAGACCAUCUUCUCUCUGCCUGGUAACCCAGCGUCUGCUCUCGUUACCUUCCACCUUUUUGUGCUCCCUUCAUUGCACAAAUUGUCUGGUGCUUCAACUACAGGCCUCCCGAGAGUUCCAGCUGUCGUAUCCCACGAUUUCCCCCUGGAUCCCAGGCCUGAAUACCACCGCGCUGUAGUCACGGUUGGAAAGGAUGGACUCCUCUCAGCUACUAGCACAGGAGGGCAGCGCAGCUCCAAGGUCGGUAGCUUGAGAUCAGCAAACGCCUUGGUCAUUCUACCUAGUGGAAAAGGCAAGCUCGAAAAAGGAUCAAGUGUUGAAGUUUUACUGUUGGGUGCUGUCCAAGCUGCUUAG